AAGGUUUCGUCCAAUUUUAAAAUGGAGAUCGCUGUUGACCGCCGCACCCUCAAAAGUCGCGACUUCGCCCACAAUCAUCACACAACAUCUUCUCCCCUUUAUAGACAAUAAUCUCUCUCUUUUACGCUUUGAAUCAUAUCAAUUGGUCUUUUUUACUCGUUAAAAUGGCUGUAGGAACCGUUCUAAUCACCGGUGGUACAGGUUACAUCGGAUCGUUCACCACUCUUGCGCUACUCGAACACGGUUACGAAGUCAUCAUUGUAGACAACUUAUACAACUCUUCCGAGGUCGCCCUCGACCGUAUCGAGCUCAUUAGCGGCAAGAGACCUGCUUUCUAUAAGGUUGACCUUACCGACGAACCUGGUCUUGACAAAGUAUUCGAUGCGCAUCCUACAAUUGACAGUGUCAUCCACUUUGCUGCGCUCAAGGCUGUCGGCGAAUCUGCCGAAAUUCCUCUUGAGUACUACCGUGUAAAUGUUGGAGGCACCAUCUCCCUUCUCAGCUCUAUGAAGAAGCACGAUGUCAGCAACAUUGUCUUCUCCUCCUCCGCGACCGUUUACGGUGAUGCUACUCGCUUUGAGAACAUGAUCCCUAUCCCUGAACAUUGCCCAAUCGGACCAACAAACACCUAUGGUCGGACUAAGGCCAUUGUCGAGAACAUAAUUGAAGAUUUCAUUAGUGCGCAGCGCCAGAACCUGAAGAAAGCCGACAAGCCGUUUGAGCAAUGGAACGGCGCUAACCUGCGAUAUUUCAACCCGUGCGGUGCGCACCCCACCGGUAUCAUGGGCGAGGACCCCCAAGGUGUACCAUACAACCUACUACCUUUGCUAGGUAAAGUUGCAACUGGCGACAGACCUAAGCUCUUGGUCUUUGGCGAUGACUAUCCUUCCAGGGAUGGAACUGCAAUUCGUGAUUACAUCCACGUUGUAGAUCUUGCUAGAGGCCAUCUAGUUGCCCUAAAUUACCUCCGAGAGCACAAGCCUGGCGUCAAGGCGUGGAACUUGGGUUCCGGCAGAGGCAGCACAGUCUUCGAGAUCAUAAAUGCAUUCAGCAAGGUCGUUGGCCGUGACUUGCCAUACGACGUGGUACCGCGAAGACAGGGUGAUGUGUUGGAUCUAACGGCAAACCCCACCAGAGCAAACCAGGAAUUGAACUGGAAGACUGAGCUUACCAUGGAGAAGGCAUGCGAAGACCUUUGGCGAUGGGUUUCGAAUAACCCUAAGGGAUACCGACAGGAGCCCCCGGCUGAGUUGCUGGCUAAUGUCAAGGCUAAGGCCUCUUAGGUCCCUACCUAGGUAGAUAAUUACUAGGUAGUGAUCGGUGAGUAGAUGGCUAGUUACCUUGAGUCGCUGGUCUGAUUUGGUAAGAGAGCACCAUUUGCAUGGCCAUGCAGUGUAGGAAUUGCCAGUUUACCCCAUAGAAUAGACCCAAAAAUAUCACGUCAGUUUCAAACUAAGAGAUGCCCAACCCCAAGCAUAGAUCGAAAAGAGAGAAUAAACAAGUCUAUUAAGAAUGCGGUGACAA